UAGCACCUGCGCAUGUCACGUGUAGCUACACGACAAACGAUGGGUGUGCGUGCAAAGUAGCUUGCGCCGUUCAGGUUCCGAGAAGUUCCGUUUUUUUCGAACGGGAGAAGGACGGAGCGUUUCGUGAAGUCAAAGCGUUUGGCGUAUGGCUUCGCCAUUUGUUUCGAUAUUUCAUUCAAUGUUUCAUUAACAAGUGAUAUAAAGUGAUAUUGUGGUUAUUCUAAUAAUCUUUUUUGACGAUUAACUGCAUGCAUUUGGACAAACAACGGUAUGAGAAAACGAACCCUGGUGCGAGGACGUGCUCUGCGCUUAUGAAUUAGAACGGAAUCUGUAUUCCACAAGUUGCAGUAAAAGCGCCAAGCGCGUUUGUUUAGGUGGAUAUAUCAGCUUGGUUUGUAUGUGCGUGCGACUUAAUGAAUAUUACUGCAAAAUGUGCCUUGUUUCAUAGAGGAAAAGGAAAACCUUGAAUAAGUGUUCCAGUACGAUCAACAAGUUUACAACAAUACCUUCAUGCUGAUGUAGUUAAAAUCCCAUUCUCCCUACACACGGUGAAUCACAAGACAAGUGGCUGUACUGAUCAUUUGCGCGACUGUGUGAGAAGCAAAAACUAAAUCGACUUGCAAUAGGUAUUCUCACUGCUUUGUGCUGCGCAGAGGAUUGUAUGUUGAUAGAGAGUGGAAACUAUUUGGUCUCUUGAAGUAACUGGAAUUGGAAGUUAUAGCAAGAGCCAAGAGCAAAGGAGAAACGAAUCAAAUGUUCUGAAAUCGGAAAACACGAAACAAAAUGAAAUCAUCACGAGCCAAACAAACGAUGUAUCUUUACAGGACUCUAAUAGCUACACUGGUGAUCGGAUUGGCGAUGGCAAAUAAAACAAUGGACACGCGGGAAGGCGAAGAUGUUACACUCAAGUGUCGCUUCAAUGAACAUUACUCGGACCGUGAAUAUUCGUAUUACUGGGCCCAACAGUCUCCAAAUAAGUACGAUAAUGUCGCAAUAAAGGGUGAUACUUUCAACCCAAACUACAAAAUCGAUUACCGUCCCAAUCAGGGCGUCUACGAUCUUCAAAUAUUUAAUGUGUCCUAUGUUCGCGAUAACGGACGUUUCGAGUGUCGCAUCAAACAAAUCGGCAGUGAUAAUGCAAUUUACGAAGAUUAUUAUAACCUGACUGUUCUGACGCCUCCUCAGCCUCCCUUAAUCUUUCCGGGCAGUGAAACUACUGCUACAGAAGACCAAAAGCUAGAGCUCACUUGCAGCAGUGUUGGUGGGUCACCAGAUCCAACAAUUUCUUGGUAUCGCGAAGGAAGCACAACACCUUUGGUGGCAAAUCAGAUCUAUGGUGGAUCACGAGACAUGCAGACGACCAGCACACUGAUGAUUAUUCCACGCCGAGAGGAUGAUGGGGCGAAAUUUAUCUGCGUUGUAUGGAAUCGUGCGCUGCCAGAAGGACAACGAUUGGAGACGGUCACGACAUUAUCAGUAAAUUAUUAUCCACGAGUAGAAAUAGGACCUGAAAAUCCACUCAGUGUAGAACGAGAUCAAACAGCAAAAGUUGAGUGCAAUGUGGACGCCAAACCUAAACCCGAAACAAUCAAGUGGACUCGGAAUGGACGCUUUAUUUCAUCACAUCCUACGCAUACGAUUCACCGGGUGUCACUGCAAGAUGCUGGUCGCUACACUUGUACGGCCGACAAUGGAUUGGAUAAAACAGGCGAGCAGGAGAUCACACUGAAUGUGUUGUAUUCACCAAUCGUACAAAUCGAAACAAAAGCCAAAACUGCUGAAGAGAAGGAAACAGUGCAUAUUAAGUGUAACGUUACAUCAAACCCACCCCCAGUGACGAUCGAAUGGCUAAAAGAAGGAGACAUUGAUUUCAGGCGCAGCGGUGAUACCCUAGUAUUGCGCGAUGUACAAGCAGAUAAUGCCGGAACGUAUGUUUGCCGGGGUAUCAACAUGAUGAAACCGUAUGGUGGCAAAACGCUCGAGCGUGAAGGUAAUGCAUCGGUGGCACUGCUGGUACGUCACCGUCCUGGUCGAUCCAUAAUUACACCGGAAAACCCUGUUGUACACGUCGGCAAUAGUGUCAGCUUGAUGUGUAAAGCAGAUCCGCCGGGCUAUCCCGAUCCUCAGUACCGUUGGUAUCGCGAUGAAGGUGGCGAGAUCUCGACUACGGUUUUAGCGCAGGGUUCUCAGUACCUGAUACCAAAGGCAGGGCUUUCGAGUGAGGGCAAGUAUCAUUGCCAUGCUAGCAAUGAACUCGGUAAUGGCGGCAUGGCAAGUGCGACACUUGAGAUUCAUCAACCGCCGCAGUUUCUAGCCAAACUUCAAUCGAACAUGAUAAAACGCGCGGGGGAAACAGAUUUUUUCGUAACGUGCAGUGCGAAGGGAAAGCCAGAACCUGCGAUAAUCUGGUUUAAGGACGAUGUGGAACUCACUCCCGAGCUACUUCGUUACGAGGUCAAAACAAAUGUCGACCGUGGACCUAAUGGUAUGGUGACAGUUCAGAGUAUGCUUAAGUUUGCUGGAAACGCACGUCCUAAUAAAAACGAUCUGACAUCUACUGAUCGUGGACAAUAUACAUGUCUGUACGAAAAUGAGGUCAAUAAGGCCAACUCCACAAUGCAUCUUAAGAUUGAACACGAGCCGAUAGUGUUACAUCAGUACAACAAAGUAGCAAACGAUAUCAAAGAGACCGCGGAGGUGCUUUGUAAAGUGCAAUCAUAUCCGAAGCCAGAAUUCCUGUGGCAGUUUGGUACGAAUUUACUCAGCGCUGGUGGAGCAGGCCAUUAUGAGAUCAUUACUACAGCGGACGGCAAUGAUGUAUACACAAGUGUAUUGAAAAUUGGGAAUUUGCGACAUCAAGACUACGGCGAGUACCACUGCCGGGUGUCGAACCCGCUCAAUAGCAUCCAGGUGCCGAUACGCUUGCAACCCAAGGGACCACCGGAGAAACCGACAACGUUGAAAGCAGUCGAGCUAGGAUCAAACUUUGUUAUCCUAUCAUGGAGUCCUGGAUUUGAUGGAGGAUUAUCCAAUACAAAGUAUUUUGUUUCAUACCGUAAAAUUGUCAUUCCGAACGAAAACCCUAUGACGGAAGAGUGCUCGGCUGUAGCGGCAAGUGGUGCCGAAUGGAUGGAAUUUGAUUGUCAAAGGGAGAUUCCGUGCACUAUCAGUCCACUGGAUCGCCACCAAAGCUACGUUUUCAAGGUCAAGGCGCUCAACACGAAAGGAGUGUCUGAACACUCUAACGAGGUGACAGCAACGACUAAAGUGGAAAAGGUUCCGAUUCCACUGAACGCUGCUUUUGAUCCAGAAACUAAGGUCCUAGCAUUGAAUAUCGCGGCCACAUGCCUGUCAAUGGUAGCUAUAGUUGAAUCAGUAUUGUACGGAGACACACCGAUGGCUGCCUGGCACAUUAUCGAAAAGAUCGAUCUGUUGGUGGACGGACAUGAGCCAACGUAUCGCGAAACCGAAAUAAAACACUUUGUAGCCAAUCGGCGUAGUAAUGCACGCUCUCUUGGUAUUAACUCCAUUGAGGACAUUCCGUUACCAAUCGAGGAUGAAUUGAAUCCGCGUGUACGCGUCAAAUUGUGUCUAAGAAUCAACCAUGAAUAUUGCGGUGACUACCUUGAAGCACAUAUUGGACCAUCACAUGUUCAAGAAGCAUCGUUUGUAGAGGUGCCAACCUUAAUUGCUAUAAUUGUUACGUCUAUUGUAGCUGCUUUGUGUGCGGUUUUGUUGGUAAUGUUCUGCCGUUGUAAACGGCGCAACCAAAUGAAAGAGUCGAGCGCAAAAUCGAAGGAAUACGACAUAGAUUCGAUACAUCCGUCGAUUGUAGCCCAACAAAACCAAGCACCUCCUCCCUACUACUCUGCUAGUAGUUUAGAAAAUAAGGCUUUGGAACACUCUAUGGAUCUAGCCAUGGAUUCUAACACGGCGCUGUACGCCAGUCAACAAACAUACGGAUAUCAUCAGCAAAAUACAAUAGUUCCUCAAAUGCCGCAAAAUGAUUGGUCUAACAUGGGUUACGUUGAGAAUUCUUAUUCAAAUUCAAACAAUGGUGGUAGCGUCAACUCUCAGGACUCAAUCUGGCAGCUAAAAAUGUCAGCCGCUGCUUCCAAUUCGGCCAACCUUAUUCCUCAGCACAACUAUUUGGAGCAGCAGAUGCAACCAAAUUAUGGAUACGAUCCGAUGACGCAUGGUGGAUAUGGUGCUGUCGACGAUUAUGCCCCUUACCCGCACCUGAUGACCACUGCAGGCAAUAGCAGCCAACAUGGUGGUGACGACUAUCAUCACAAUCUUCGGAAUAGCCAAAAUCCGUCUCGUCAAGAUUAUUGCAGCGAUCCGUACGCCUCUGUUCACAAACCGAAAAAACGCUUGGAUCAACAUAUGGACUAUGUUGCCGAAUCUCCAUAUCAUGAUGUAAGUGGGCUGCCGGAUCCGUAUAUGGAACAGGAUGAAGCUAAGUCACCUGUUCAGAAUCAGCAUCUGUCUCUGAGCUAUGAUGAUGCGCUUGCUAUGGAAAGCGGUUACUCUACUCCUAAUUCGCGCAACCGACGAGUUAUACACGAGAUUGUUGUGUAGAGUUGUUAUAACUCACACAAUACAUCAGAGUGAAAUAUAUGAAUAUGAGCCACGACCACGAAUUUUUUAUCGAAAUGCGAUGAAAAUAACAUACCGGCAACGGAACUGAAAUCGUAUAUACUUAUUGUAUGACAAAUACCGAUCUAACACCACGAGGAAAGAGAGGAACCUGCAACAACACACAACCCAUCGUACUUAGCGUUUUAUAUUAAAUUGUUAAUUUUCAAAUUGUCAGACUAUCUGGUACCUAGCCAUAUUUUACAAAGGGAUGCACGGAGAUGAAGGAUGAUCUCAUAGCCCAAGUCCUUUCUACAAGUGGCAGACAGAAUGUUAAUCGAUGAGUGAAACAACUGUAAACUGUGAUUGUACAUAUAGUGUUCAUACUAAUGAAAACAGCAAGCAGAAAAAAAAUAUAGAUUGUCCAAAUUUUGCGAGGAACUGAUGAAUUAGCACAAGCCAUCCUGCAAACUGAUAUCGUCCAAUUUGAAGUAAGAUAUUUAACGCUAGGUUGGACUGGUGUAAAACGCAACGAAAUGCACGUUAAUGGUACGUUUUCAAAGGUACAACGAAAUAACUGAGCAGAAUCAUAAAUGUUGAAGCGAAUGGAGAAUUAAGUGUUAAAUGUGCCAUUAGCAUGUAGUAGAGAGAGUGAAAGAUCCAGAGCGAAUGUAAUUAAAUCCUGCCAAUAGUUUUUGAUCAGCGUCGUUUCAGUGGGACAUCACCCAUUAUUACAUCCUGCAAACCACUGUAGAUUGAAACGAUUAUUUAGCAUUAAAAGGUACUAUUUGCAUCCAUGACUUCUAAUAUAUAGGAGGUUAAAGAAUUGCGCUAUGAUUCUACACAUUAAUCCAGUAUUGCAGAUUCGAGCAGGUGUAUUGAAAAGUUGAUGUCUGGCAGUGCCAUGUUUCGUUUCGUGCCAAUUCUUCCAUAUUCACAGCAGCUGCCCAAGAAACAUUCCCAAUUUUUAUGUUCUCUCACGGGAGAGUUAAAAUUAAUUAACAUUAUCUCUAACACGUUGUUCCUUUGCGAAACAUAAAGUGUAUGAGGCAAUACAGCUACGUAUGGUACCAUUUUCACAAUGUCGUAGAAUGUUAUUUUUUCGUCUAUUUAAUGCUAUGCUUCAGUAUAUUGAUGUAUCCAGAGAAGAUAAAAUUCUAUCAUAACUGUAUGUUUUUAAAUGCAAAGUCUAGAUGUACAUAAUGUUAUUUGACCCCAAUAAUGAUUGCCUUUGGUUUUGAAAAGAAAAUACUAAGUACCCUUUUUAGACUGUAUUGCUAUGUGAGAUUUUUUUAAUAUUAAGGGAAACGAUCCACUAAACAUAAAAUCAUAUUUCAUUUAUGCGGCACUACUAUUGGAGGAAUUGUCCUUCAUUGGCGUGGGUAAAACGCAUGCUUUGCUAAAAAUUAAAGUAAAAUCAAGAAUAAUCGAAUAUAAUAAGGUAUCGUUAUAUAAACGUUGUUAAUUUAAGUAAGUUUAAUGCAAAUUGAUUGAUUUUUUUAUCCUAGGAAUUAUAAAACUAUGAAACGCUCUUGUAUUGCAAUAGUGUAAUUUAAUGUAAUAGUUCCCAACGAAUCCUCUAACCUCUAUAAUUUAUGAGGAGCUCGUGUUAGUGGCACAGUAUGAGAUUAUCUGACCAAAUGUAUGGAGAGCAUUCGUGUUUACUGGCGGUUAUCUGGCCAAUGGUGAAGUGUUGAAGAAGAAAAUAAUCUUUGCAAAACUUUUCAAAGAUUUUUGAGCUCAGGGCAGUGAGACGGUAUAGGCGGCAUUUGAUAUGACAUAAUAUAAAUGCCAUAUAAGCAAUAGCAAGGGAAAAUCGAGCGAAAUGCCAAUUCUCUUUAGGCCUCCUAUUCUGGAACUCCAUAAAUCGCAUAUUGUAGACGCUAAAAUGAUACAGAAACUGGUCCAGAUAAUCUCAUAGUGUGGACAAGUUUUGAAAUAGUUGAAAAGAGAGCGAACCAAUAGUAUACUUCAGGUAUCAAAGAAAUGCAAUGAAGGAAUAAUGCCUAUCUCACCGUUCAUUGCCACGAAAAAUCUUUGAAGUACUUUGCACACUUUUUCCGUCCACCGAAACAGGAAGAUGUAUAUAACGACUGAGUAAUAAUUUUAGUGCCUGGACAAGAAAAUCUUUUAUAUUUUUUCCUUAUUAUUUCUAGAGCCACAUUCAAAAUAGUUAUGUUCAUAGUUAAUUAUGAUAAGGCUACUUUCUGGUGAAAAAUAAAUAAAUGAUUUUUUUUAUUUAGAA